CCGCAUUAUAUUGCAGCCGAGAGAAGUUUUCCACAUUAAAGGGCAGUUCAAGAUCACGAAUAGCGCCGGCUUUACCAUUUUAUUAUAUUUCUGAAAAAAAUUAUCGUAAUACUUGUGUAAAUAUGGUUUGGCCAACAAUCUACGAUGGCAAAACUGAGAUGGGGUCUGCAGACAAGCCCUGCAUGCAGCUGGCUGCAUCAGACGCGGGCUCGCACCUACAACACAUGUGCUCACUCGACAUCGAUUCCAAGGCCUCGUACGUCCGUCUGUCGGGCAUCAUCUGUACUAUUGGACCGGCCUCCCGAGAUGUCGGUAUGCUGGAGAAGAUGAUGGAGACCGGCAUGAAUGUCGCACGAAUGAACUUUUCGCACGGCUCGCACGAGUACCACGCGGAGACCAUCAGCAACUGUCGGCAGGCUGAGAAGAACUACAGCGCGAGGCUCAGCGCACCCUUCUCGCUGGCCAUCGCUCUGGACACCAAAGGGCCUGAGAUCAGAACCGGCUUAUUAGAAGGCGGAGGUUCCGCAGAAGUUGAGCUGAAGAAAGGAGGUGUUUUAACCUUAAGCACAGACCCAGCAUAUCAGGAAAAAGGAACUGCAGAUGUGGUGUUUGUGGAUUACAAGAACAUUACUAAUGUUGUUAAACCUGGCAAUAGGAUUUUCAUUGACGAUGGACUUAUUUCAGUCAUCUGCCAGUCCGUUACAUCUGAUAAAUUGGUCUGCUCCAUUGAAAAUGGAGGUAUGCUCGGAUCAAGGAAGGGUGUGAACCUCCCAGGUUUACCAGUAGACCUGCCAGCUGUUUCAGAGAAAGACAAAUCUGAUUUACUCUUUGGUGUCGAACAGGGCGUGGACAUGAUCUUCGCGUCGUUCAUCCGCAACGGCGCCGCCCUGCAGGAGAUCCGCGCCAUCCUCGGGGAGAAGGGCAAAAACAUCAAGAUCAUCUCCAAGAUCGAGAACCACCAGGGUAUGGUCAACCUCGACGAAAUUAUUGCUGCAUCCGAUGGUAUCAUGGUCGCGCGUGGUGAUUUGGGUAUCGAGAUACCACCAGAAAAAGUGUUCCUUGCUCAAAAGACUAUGAUCGCUCGUUGUAACAAGGUCGGCAAACCAGUCAUCUGCGCGACUCAAAUGUUGGAGUCGAUGGUGAAGAAGCCGCGGCCAACGCGCGCAGAGACCUCCGACGUCGCCAACGCCAUCCUUGACGGCGCCGACUGCGUCAUGCUGUCCGGGGAGACGGCCAAGGGCGACUACCCGCUCGAGUGCGUGCUCACCAUGGCCAACAUCUGCAAGGAGGCCGAGGCCGCCAUCUGGCACAAGCAGCUCUUCAACGACUUGGCCCAACAGGUUAAGGCUCCGAUCGAGCCGGCGCACUCCGUCGCCAUCGCAGCCGUGGAAGCGUCCACCAAGUGCAUGGCGUCCGCCAUCGUCGUCAUCACCACCAGCGGCCGCUCCGCGCACUUGCUCAGCAAGUACCGGCCGCGCUGCCCCAUCAUCGCCGUCACGCGGCAGCCGCAGACCGCCCGCCAGGCGCAUCUGUACCGCGGAGUGCUGCCCAUCGUUUACAGCGAAAGUACCGCCAGUGACUGGCUGAAGGACGUCGACAACCGCGUACAGUAUGGGCUGAAGUUCGGUCGCGCGCGCGGUUUCGUCAAUACAGGAGACAAUGUCGUGGUCGUCACCGGCUGGAAACAGGGAUCCGGCUUUACCAACACUAUGCGCAUCAUCCAAGCUGAAUAAGGAGAACGAGACGAGAUGAAAUAUUCCUAACAAGUAUUAGUGGAAAGUGCAGUGAUGUAAUUGUUAUGAGAUUGUAUCGUCUAACAAUGUCGGUGAUAUAUGUAUAAAAGUGUAUCAGCUGUUAAUGAUUCUUAAAAUUCUACACAUAGUACUAGGAUUAUUGUUGUAUUUAUUUAUGCUCUAACAUAGAUAACAAAAUGUAUUGAAAGUAAAUAAAUUAUAAAAUAAUAUUUUU